AUGGCGGCCUAUCCGGAGAGCUGUGUGGACGCCACCGUGCUGGACUUCGUCGCAGACCUGUCUCUGGCCUCCCCGGGGCGCCCUCUCCUCUGUGGCUUCGCUCCCGGGGUCCCCUUUGGGGACCGAGACGGAAGACCCAGGAGGCUGGAGCGCUUUGAGGAGGAGGAUCCAGAAGACGAUGAGGGCGAAGUAGACGAGGAAGAGGAGGAAGAAGAGCACGGCAGAGGCGCGUCCCUGCUGGGCCGCCCCAAGAGGAAAAGGGUGAUCACCUACGCUCAGCGCCAGGCCGCCAACAUCCGCGAGAGGAAGCGGAUGUUCAACCUCAACGAGGCCUUCGACCAGCUGCGGAGGAAGGUGCCCACUUUUGCUUAUGAGAAGAGGCUGUCCCGGAUCGAGACACUACGCCUGGCCAUCGUCUAUAUUUCCUUCAUGACCGAGCUCUUAGAGAGCUGCGAGAAGAAAGAAACCGGCUGA